AUGACUGAACAUGAUGGAACAUCAAUUAUUAUUCUGCUUGUACUUAGCAUUAAACAUAUGGCAUUGGUGGCAGACCUCAUGGACCUUGAGCGAGCCCAGCGCAGAGCUCGAGUGUUCGUAAAACUGGAGGCAGCAGCAGCAGGGAGAGACGGCGGCUGGGCCCAAUGUGAGCCUGGACGGCAGCAGCAGGGAGAGAUGGCGGCUGGGCCCAAUCAUUCGUCUAACACAGCAGGUUCACUGCAGGUGUCAUAUUUGGCUAAUGUUGUUCGCCUGAGUCAGUCUCCCGAGGCGUUAUUUAAUCACUGGGCAUGGGAAUUGGUUGUCAGGUUGAAGCUGUGUAGUAACCAUCCAUGCAACACCCAGGAUCAGUCACCAUUUAACAGCUCCUUUGCUGCACCUGAAUUGAAUGAGUCAGCUAACCUCCAUCCUCUUUCUAAAGCUGUAAAAGCCGGCAUUCCUAUUGGUUGUUAUCUUGCAUUGUCAAUGACAUCAAUAGGUCACAGCAUUGACAAGUUCUGCUCUGAAGGAAUACCUCUGCUGGGUGUACUAAUACAGUCCAAACAUCUUAAAGCAGUAGUCCACGUGUUGGAUAAGAUCUUGCCACUCUUCUACCCAUGCCAAUAUUAUCUUCUGAAAAAUGAGCAGUUUUUAAUGUAUAUGCAGCUUUUUCUUCAGACUGACAGUGGUGUACUUCAAGGAAUGACUCAGCAAGUGACCCAGAAAGUAGCACAACAUUUGACUGGCAUCAGCUAUGGAGAAAACAUCAAACUGUUAAACAGUAUGAUCCAGGUAUAAGUAAUUAGAUAAUGU